AUGGUUUACAAUAGUAGAAUACCGAUUAGUGGAAUACCGAUUAGUAGAAUACCGAAUAGUAGAAUACCGAAUAGUAGAAUACCGAUUAGUAGAAUACCGAUUAGUGGAAAACCGAUUAGUAGAAUACCGAUUAGUGGAAUACCGAUUCGUGGAAUACCGAUUAGUGGAAUACCGAUUAGUAGAAUACCGAUUAGUGGAAUACCGAUUAGUGGAAUACCGAUUAGUGGAAUACCGAUUAGUAGAAUACCGAAUAGUAGAAUACCGAAUAGUAGGAUACCGAUUAGUGGAAUACCAAUUAGUAGAAUAUCGAUUAGUAGAAUACCGAUUAGUAGAAUACCGAAUAGUAGAACACCGAAUAGUAGAACACCGAAUAGUAGAAUACCGAAUAGUAGAACACCGAAUAGUAGAAUACCGAUUAGUGGAAUACAACUACACCAUGUUUCAUGUUUAGAUAAAAUGGCGCCUUUAGGAUACAUCAAAUUAGUAGUCGCAGUGCUAUCAGUUAUAAUACAAAUAUCAAUAUCAGUUAAAUCAAACGCAAGACCUGUAUACGAAGUAAUAAACGAACAAUCAAAAGCAGAAGAGAGACAAAUUAAAACAAGCGCAAUCGCCAAUUUACCAUACGGGAACCCUUUAGCUGGUAACUCACAACAAAACGCAAAAUUACACGCACACAACCAACAAGCAAUGUUCAACGCCGAAAAAGUUCGACAACACAAAGCACAACUGCAACAACAACAAAGAUGGCUGAAGACACCUCAAUUAGUUCAUAAUUAUAUGCGAGCUUAUCACGAAUCACAAGAGAAUCAUCAAUUAGCAUUAGAACAAGAACAAGCUGAAUUUAAUGAUGACACAACAACAAAAGAACCUAAAAAAUAUACAAAGGAUACAGAUGCAAUAAAUUUAGAAACUGUCAAACAGGAUAGAAAGAGAAAACACAGAUCACAUGGUUCUGUUGAAUACCACACUGCUUAUGUACCAGAUAAUGAAGCAAUCAAUGAAAAACCGCAAGUUUCUAAUACUGAAUUCAUUUAUCCACAAUACUAUCCAACUCAGAGUUACCAAUCAGUUCAAGAUAUUGAAAUACUUAACUCAUUACUUAAUAAAAACCCUAACGAUCAAUUGACUGAAUUCAAUGCAUUAUUAAACACACCUAAAAUCAAUAUUAAUCAUGGUAAAGAAUUAGAAGCACCUAUUGAUUUAUAUUUUCAUCUAAAAGGACCAUCAAAAUUCCCCUUACCCGUAUAUUAUGUUACAAGCCCCCCUCAAAUACCUUCUAUACAAGAAAUAUAUAAAGAAUUUACACCAAUUAAAGAAGAAGAAUCAGAAGUACGACAUAAAGUACAACAAACGCUAAAACAACCAAGAUAUAUAGAACCAGUAACAAAAAACAUAGAAUAUAUCAAUACAGAACUAACAAAUCAUAUAGUUAAUGCUGAUUAUAAUCCAUUAUAUCAAGAAGAAUAUAAAAUAAAAGAAGAAGCGGAAGAAGAACCAAGAUAUCAAGCAUUUUAUGUACCUGUUAAUAACCAAAAUGCAGAUAAAAUUGAAGAAUUAAGUGACAGAUAUUUACAUAAUACUAAUGGCAUUCAACAUUUAACUAAAGAUGGCUCUGGUGUGUCAGCAUAUGAUGAAAAACUCAAAUACGCUUCUAGUUACGAGUUCGGUUAUAGAGUGCGUGACACGCAUAGUGGGAAUGAUUUCGGUCAUCAAGAAGAGAAGAAAGGAGAAGAGACGAAUGGACAAUAUCAUGUUCUCCUACCGGACGGAAGAAUGCAAAAUGUUCGAUAUUCAGCAGGUCCCGAAGGUUUUCAUGCUGAUAUCUCUUACGAUCAUUGAUCACUAUAAAUGGUUAGGUCAUCGUCUUAAUCGACGGCCAACAAACGCAACCGUCAAAAUGGCGGAAAUCAAAUGGGCACGAUAUACCAAGGUUUAUAGCCUAUUCAUGUACAGAGGUCAGUGUUUAUGAUGGUAGAAAAUAGAGUAUAGAAAUGUGGAAAAGAUUGUAAAGAUUUAAUUUUUUUUAAAAUAUCUUGAGGCUUUUACGCAUUUGUAUCUACAAGACUUAUGAGGUCAUGACUCGUUAUACUUGAUUAAAGAUAUCAAUUGCAACCAAGUAAUAAAUCACUGUAGUAAGCCAUUCCACGCUUAUUUACCCUUGUACAGGAAUCUAGUUUUAGUAUUACCAAGCAAAAAUGUGGCUACAUUUUGUCGUAAUUAUGUCUUGAAAUGGUAAUAAAAUAUUUAUAUUUCGUAUUACUUACAAAUCAUUAUAAUUAAGGCUUAGUAAUAUUAAUAAAUAAUGCAUUAAAUG